GUGUGUGCGUGGAGAUCAAUAAACCUUUGGCGACCGAAACCAUGUCUCCGGCGGCGGCGGCAGCUGUGGCGGCGGCGGCGCCCUCUCCCUGGCCAAGAUGUCAAGUAUUAACCCGGAGGGGCAGAUCUGCCGCCGCUGCCGCCGCCACCGCUCUGAACUCCUCCCGGGCGCAUUAAGCUCGGGUUGCUGGCUGCGGGAUCCCGGCGCCCCUUGGCUGCUGCGCCGCUGGGGAGCUUUGCAAGCGGGUUCGCCGCCGGCGGCGGCGCCUGCAAGGUGCUGCUUGUGCUGGGGCUGUUGCUGGUUUUGCUGCUGCUGCUGCUGCUCUUGCGGGAGGCUCAUUCCAAGCGCGCAACUUGCAGCCUGGGAAGAGCCGCCGCCGCCGCCGCCGGCUGAGCGCGCCGCUGUCGCCGCCACCAUGCCGGCCAUCAAGAGGGAGCGCCCGGACCGGGAGGAGCUGGCGCUGGCCGCCUUUAACCAGCCCAUGGAGACCUUGCCCGACUACCUGGUCCCCUUGGCGGCCGCCGCCAUCCCCGUGGUGACCCCGCACCCGCCUGCCUACGAGCAGAUCUUCGCCACCGCUGCGCACCACCACCAGCACCACCAGCACCACCACCAUCAGCAGCAGCGCGCUUACCUGGACUUCCACGCGGCGCCCCACGCCGCCGCCCACUCCCACCCGCACCCCCUCCCCGAGGACCUGAUGCUGGAGCGCUUCUCGUCCAUCCCGGAUUUCCAGCCCUUCUUCGACAACGGCGAGCCUUGCAUCGAGGUGGAGUGCGGCGAGAACAAGGCGCUCCUCUACAUCAAUAAGUUGUGCCAGGGCAGCAAAGGGCCCUCCAUUCGCUACCGGGGCGAGUGGCUCACUCCCAACGAGUUCCAGUUCGUCAGCGGCCGGGAGACCGCCAAGGACUGGAAGCGGAGCAUCCGGCACAAAGGGAAAAGUUUGAAGACUCUUAUGUCCAAAGGAAUCUUACAGGUACAUCCUCCAAUCUGUGAUUGCCCUGGGUGUCGAAUUUCGUCUCCAGUGAAUCGGGGUCGCCUUGCUGAGAAGAGGACCAUCCCCUUGCCUCCUACCAGGACCCCAAAGAAAGAGCUUCCCUCCAUUUUCUCACACAGUGACGACAGUGAGGAGAGCGACAAGGUCAACGGUCACCACCCUGAUGUCAAGCAAGAGGAGGAUUUGCAUAUUAGUAUCAUGAAAAGAAGGAUACAUGCACAUUGGGAUCUGAACAUCUCUUUCCGUGAGACCUCUUGCAGCCGGGACAACGAACUCACUUCCUUCAUCUCCAACCUCCACCAGAGUCGCCAGCUCGUUAUGCCAGAGACCCAGAGUCGGUGCGAAUUCAAGAGAAGCAGCUUGGAUGUUGGCUUGGGGGCAGCAGACGAAGUUUUAGGCAAGAGAAGAGCGUGUUCACCCAACAGCAGCAGCGAGUGUCCCCUUGAGAGCAAGAAAUCUCGAAGUGAGUCCCCAAAAGAAAAUUCACACACUCCCUUGUUGGAGGGCGCCGUGACUCAGAUGACCCCGGAGGAGCACUACAGGAGGAUGAUGUCCGCCCUCAAUGAGCAUAGCACCUUCGAGGAGCAGCAGCAACAGCAACAGCGCCUCUACCAGUUGGCCAACAGCAUGGCAGUCCCUAGCCAUAGUGAUCUCCUCCGGGCACGGCAAGAAGUGGCAGCUGCCGCCGCAGUGCGCAACCCCAGCACCAUGGAAGCGCAUCUCCCUUCUGCCAGCAACUCAUCCAGCCAGCGGAGGAAGCAGGGGCUCCCUCAGCACCGAGAUUCACACUUCACCGAGAGGGAGAUGUCCCAUCCACCCCCUCUUCUGUCGCCUCAGAACGCUCCUCACAUUGCAUUAGGCCCGCACUUGAGACCCCCCUUUUUAGGGGUACCUUCAGCCUUGUGUCAGACGCCAGGUUACGGGUUUCUACAGCCAGCCCAAGCGGAGAUGUUUGCACGACAACAAGAGAUGCUGAGGAAGCAGAACCUUGCCAGGCUUGAGAUGUCAGCGGAGAUCAUCCGCCAGAAGGAGUUGGAGAACCUCCACCGCCAGCGGCUCCUGGCCAGCGACCCGAUGAGCUUGCACCCGGGCCUGCCGCCGGACCACCCGGCCCUGCGCAACGUCCACGACAUUCCCGAGGGGCACCCGCUCCGCGACGAGCUCUCGCGGAGGAACGCCAUGUUGGUGCUCCGCCAUAACAACACCCCACUCCUGUCGCUCAACCACGGGAUCCCUAGCGCCUCCACCACCCCGCCCAAGGAACAAGGGAGCCGGAGGGGGAACCGGAAGUCUACACACCACCGGGCCGAGGCCCCUGGCCAGAGCGAAUCCAAAGAGCUGUCGGAGAGCCGCCCCCCUGACGGCAACGAGGAGGAAAUGAAAGACUCUGAGAGCGACGCCGACGUGAGUGAGGAGAAGCUGGACAGCACAAAGGCCGAGAGCAGCAGCCUGGCUGGCGAGCUGAAGGAAUGCAAAGAGGCAGUGAAAGCCUGCGAUGGCGCCAAGGAACUGGGCGAUUUAUCUGCCAGCCAGAGCGCCCCCUGCAGCUCCUCCAGCGCCGAGUCGCCCAGCCACCUCCUCGGCCCAGUCAUCAACAAAACCGAGGCAAAAUACCUCCCACCGGCCUCACUCCCACCUCCGCAGCCGCUGCCAUUUGGCUUUCCGUACACCAUGAGCCCCUAUUUCCACACAGGCAGCAUGGGAGGUCUCUUUUUGGAUGGUGAAGACAGCCCAGCACUGGAGGACGUCAGCAAGUGGACGGUGGAGGACGUCUGCAGUUUCGUGGGCGGUUUGUCCGGCUGUGCCGAGUACACUCAGGUCUUCCGGGAACAGGCCAUAGACGGCGAGACUCUGCCCCUCUUGACAGAAGAGCACUUACUGAAUAACAUGGGGUUAAAACUGGGACCCGCAUUGAAGAUAAGGUCACAGGUAGCCAAGAGAGUCGGCCGGGUGCUGUACAUGGCUAGCUUCCCCAUGGCUUUCCCGCUCCAGCCGCCAGGCUUGCGACCCACAGACCGUGACUUGCCUCCCGCUGACCUCCGCCCCUCGUCGACAGGAAGCAUGACCUCCUCCCCGUAUGGCAACGCUCUCCUCCCCGCCAGCCGCAUCUCGCCAAAGCAGGAAAACGGGAACCCUUUGCUGGCCGGCCUCAGCGACACGUUGAAGCCGCCCUCGUAAACUGCACAGCCCCGGGCAGCCAGCCAGCCUUGCGAGGGUCCCUGGCUUGGGCUGCUGGGCCUUCCAGCACUGGAACCAGCCAGUCAAGGAACCAAGAGAAUAAUAAUGCAUUCAGCGUUGGGGUUUUAAGGGGCAGGGGUCGGCGUAAUCCAAAGAUUUAUUGGAAGCAAUUUGAAAAGGGACACCGUGACUUUUUCUUUCUUUUCAUUUGGAGAAAAGGAAUGACGUUUGGGCUUUUUUCUUUGUUGCCUUUAUGAAAAUGCAACUUUGGGGAAGAGACCCUCAGCACCCCCUUCUUCCCUUCCCUAACCCCAGCCUCCUGCCAGGAGGAAACACUCUUCCUUCCCCACUUCUGAAAUGUUUCCCUCGCUGGAACCUGUUCCGUUCCUCUUUCAGCGUGUCUAUGCAUCGCUCAAAAAACAACUUUGAAACAAUACCAAAGACAGACAACUGACCCCAACGCCCAAGUUCCGGUCCAUGUUUACUUCAGUUUGGAUGGUACGGCACAGCUAGCUCUGUGGGGUACAGAUUUUUUUUUCUUCGUUUUUUGUGUGCUUUUAUUUUUUUAAACUGCAUUUUCAUGCUGCUUAAACAUUGCAGAUUGGCUGUGAAAGAUUCCCUCCUCGCUGGGCACGGACUUGUUUUUCAGAAUAAUGAUAGCCUUGUUGGGGGGGGGCAGAAGGGGGAGAUGAGCGUGGAAGAGGCUGGGAGGCAGAGUUUACCCCCCCCACCUUAAACUGUGUGUGUACAGAAGAUGCUUGUCCCAUUUUUACUUUGUUUGUGUGGGAGUGUAUUUUGUGGGGGAGGGGGGGAAGAGGCUUGUUGCAGAGGAUAUGGAGUUGCACAUUUUUACCUGGUCCCCCACCCCACGACCAGGUAACAGGUACCCAAGUGAGCCCGUCGGGGCAGGGCGCUCUACGUUGCCCCCUCCCCACCUCACAAUUUGUACAGUGAUGGAAAACAAUCAUGUGAUCGAUGCUUGUCCGCUUUUUUCUCUCUCUCUCCUUACCCUUUCUGUUUUAAAAACACCUGCACGUUCAACCUUUUCCCCCUUACUCUUUUUUUUUUUUUACUUUUGUGUGGGGGUGGGGAAUCAAACAGAGAUCGCUCGAUGGUACCUUCGCUUCUUUAUAUAUUGUAAAUGGUCGUUAUCCAUCACAUCCAGGCCAACGCUUUCCAGCAAAUCGAUUUAAAUAAUAAUAAAGAAAUCACUUAAUUUAUAAAAUGGUUGCUCCGUGGGCCGACUGUCCUUAAAAGAGUCUUGUAAAAGUACAAAAAAAAACCCAGUACAGUGGUACCUCGACUUACAAAUGACUCCACUUGUGAAUGUUUCGAGUUACGAACAGAGUUCCGUCCGCCAUUUUGGAUGCAGUUUGGAUAGGAUUAUUUCGACUUACGAAGGUCCGUUCGGAACGGAUUAAAUCAUAAAUCGAGGUACCACUGUACACAGAGUUGAGCCGGGUACGGGGUAAGCACAAAGAGGCAGUGGUGAAUCUAGCAAACUACAGUUCCCAGUGCGUAGUCUCUUCUGCCCACUAUGAAGAGACCACAGGGCACCCAACUAUUAGCUCUUCUCUUUGCUAGAAUCUGCUUAGCACAAAACAUGGUCAUUUUGUACAGCCACACUGCACCAUGGUGGGGUUUAUAUGGCAGAGGGCACUGGCUGGCAAAGAAAGACUUCUCUGCGUCCCUAGCAGCUCUGUGGAAUAGGCAAGAUAACAUUAGGAGAUACCUGCCACCAGUUAGUUGCUGGUGCUUCCCCACUGGAAGCGGUGCCUAGCUAAUAAUGGACAACACAAGCUAUGGCCAUGCUGGUGGGCUUGGGGCUGGCUUCCUUCCAACAAAACAGGGAUUUGGAGGUGGCGGAUCUGUCCUCCCCACGUUAUUUAUAAAGUGGCAGGUUUAACAAGGGCCCUUUUAUCUCCUUGCCUGAGCCACUUUACUGCUGCUGGCAAAGCCACAAAUUUUACUGUGUUUCUCCAAAACUUAUAAAACUCUUCUGCACAAGAUUUUCACAUUUCAAGUGGUGCCUUGGGGGACGUGGCCUCAGCGGAGCAACUUCCUGCCCCUGCUUUAAAGGGGCACGUGGGUUACCCUACCACAAACACAACGCCUCCAGAUCCAUUCCCCUUGCCCCUCACAAUACCCAUCCCAGUUGUCUGUCGGUGCAGCUGUCAGUCAGCAUCAGAGAAGUCCAAGUCUUCCACCAUGUCUUCGGGUCCCUGUGCCAGCUGCUUCAGCUCCGCCCGUGACAGCUGUUUCCCGACACCCUUGCGGCCGGCCCCUUCGCCUCCCCCUGUGAAAGGGAGAGAGAGAGAGGUGUAAAUCCUGCCUUAUCAGGAAGGAAGAGGAGGGGAGAGGGAGAAAGAGGCAGGCAGAAGCGGCUUAUUGCUAAUUAAUCACAAGCAUUAAUUAAUUUAUCGGCACCACUGCAUCUUCCAGAUAGCAGGGAUGGAAGGGAGGGUGAACAAGCGCUUCUGUGCUCCUCUUAUUGCAAUUUGGAAUCAAGAAACAAGGCGUUUUGGAAAGGGUGGUGCAAAAAGUUGUCCCUCCACGGCCCUGCGCUGCUCUUUCUAAGCGGGACUCUUGAUUUAAAAUGUGGGGCAAGCUUUUUUUCCUGAAAUCUCAGGCCCAGCCAUCCUUAGGGGAGAGAGAACAGUCCUGGGGUUGUAUGCAAUGCUCAUCCUACUCAGAGCAGACCCAUUGAAAUUCAUGGCCAUGGCUAGCAUCGCUCCAUUUAUUUCAAUGAAAGGAAUCCCUUUGCACAAGCAUUUCUGCAUGCCAGACCAAACAGUCUUACUUUUCCUCCCCACAUGGGCUGUUCUGGGUGUUCUACUGAACCUUCCCAUAGCACAGUGGGGGGACGGGACCCUGUUGCGCUUGCGUAACUUGUGCCACCAGUUCCCACUAGUGCUACUGCUUAGUUGAAUCUGGGUCCGUAGGUAGACUGAGUACAAUUCAGUUGCUGUAACUCCUAGGCAACAUCAUACAUUAGACAGACACAAGAAAUAUGAUGCCCUCCACAUGUCAUGGGACUACAACUCCUAUCAUCCCUGACAACUGGCCAUCCUGGCUGAUAGGAAUUGGUGUUCCAGUAUCUUCUAGAGGGCAGCAAGAUCCCUAUCCCUAUUUACAGUACAAGGCCACUACUCCAAAGCCCCUCUGCCCAAGCAGGUCAUGCAAGUUGCAUUUCAAAGCUUGAGAUGAAGUUCUCAUCACUGGUAUUGAAAAAUCAAGCUUAAAAUGUUUUAAUGGCAACUGUCCCUGGGACUUUGGGGUGAAGAACAGGUAAUGCUUUAAAAUUAUAUGCAAAAGGAUGCAAAUCCUUAGGAGACCCACCAGUAACAGUAAGGGACAUUUCUCACCCCUUCCUGAAGAUGCUGUGGAUUGAACCUGGGGACCUUCUGCAUGCAAAGCACAUGCUCUUAUUUGGCUCAUGUGCUGGCCCACACAGAAACAUGGGCCCACACACCCCUGCACUAAAAUGCUUAUUACAGUAUUGCAGUUCUGGAAGGUUUGUUUUCCUCCCCCCCCCCAA